GCGGGGGGCGGGCACCGGGGCCCGGUCGGACAAAAAAAAAAAGCACAAGAAGCACAAGUCGGAGAAACACCUCUACGAGGAGUAUGUGGAGAAGCCCUUGAAGCUGGUUCUCAAAGUAGGAGGGAACGAAGUCACCGAACUCUCCACGGGCAGUAAAAAAAAAAACUCCAGCCUCUUCGAAGACAAAAACGAUCAUGACAAACACAAGAAAAAAAAAAGGAAAAAGAGAAAGAAAGGAGAGAAGCAGGUUCCAGGGGAAGAAAAAAAAAAAAAACGGAGAAGAGUUAAGGAGGAUAAAAAGAAGCGAGAUCGAGACCGGGUGGAGAAUGAGGCAGAAAAAGACCUCCAGUGUCAUGCGCCUGUGAGAUUAGACUUGCCCCCUGAGAAGCCUCUCACAAGCUCUUUAGCCAAACAAGAAGAAGUAGAACAGACGCCCCUUCAAGAAGCUUUGAAUCAACUGAUGAGACAAUUGCAGAGAAAAGAUCCAAGUGCUUUCUUUUCAUUUCCUGUGACUGAUUUUAUUGCUCCUGGCUACUCCAUGAUCAUUAAACACCCAAUGGAUUUUAGUACCAUGAAAGAAAAGAUCAAGAACAAUGACUAUCAGUCCAUAGAAGAACUAAAGGAUAACUUCAAACUAAUGUGUACUAAUGCCAUGAUUUACAAUAAACCAGAGACCAUUUAUUAUAAAGCUGCAAAGAAGCUGUUGCACUCAGGGAUGAAAAUUCUUAGCCAGGAAAGAAUUCAGAGCCUGAAGCAGAGCAUAGACUUCAUGGCUGACUUGCAGAAAACUCGAAAGCAGAAAGAUAGAACAGACACCUCACAGAGUGGGGAGGACGGAGGCUGUUGGCCAAGAGAGACAGAGGACUCUGGAGAUGCCGAAGCACACGCCUUCAAGAGUCCCAGCAAAGAAAACAAAAAGAAAGACAAAGAUAUGCUUGAAGAUAAGUUUAAAAGCAAUAAUUUAGAGAGAGAGCAGGAGCAGCUUGACCGCAUCGUGAAGGAAUCUGGAGGAAAGCUGACCAGGCGGCUUGUGAACAGUCAGUGCGAAUUCGAAAGAAGAAAACCAGAUGGAACAACAACAUUGGGACUUCUCCAUCCUGUGGAUCCCAUUGUAGGAGAGCCAGGCUACUGCCCUGUGAGACUGGGAAUGACAACUGGAAGACUUCAGUCUGGAGUGAAUACUUUGCAGGGGUUCAAAGAGGAUAAAAGGAACAAAGUCACUCCAGUGUUGUAUUUGAAUUAUGGGCCCUACAGUUCUUAUGCACCGCAUUAUGACUCCACAUUUGCGAAUAUCAGCAAGGAUGAUUCUGAUUUAAUCUAUUCAACCUAUGGGGAAGACUCUGAUCUUCCAAGCGAUUUCAGCAUCCAUGAGUUUUUGGCCACAUGCCAAGAUUAUCCGUAUGUCAUGGCAGACAGUCUACUGGAUGUUUUAACAAAAGGAGGUCAUUCCAGGACCCUACAAGAGAUGGAGAUGUCAUUGCCUGAAGAUGAAGGCCAUACUAGGACACUUGACACAGCAAAAGAAAUGGAGCAGAUUACAGAAGUAGAGCCACCAGGGCGUUUGGACUCCAGUACUCAAGACAGGCUCAUAGCGCUGAAAGCUGUAACAAAUUUUGGUGUUCCAGUUGAAGUUUUUGACUCUGAAGAAGCUGAAAUAUUCCAGAAGAAACUUGAUGAGACCACCAGAUUGCUCAGGGAACUCCAGGAAGCCCAGAAUGAACGUUUGAGCACCAGACCCCCUCCCAACAUGAUCUGUCUCUUGGGUCCCUCAUACAGAGAAAUGCACCUUGCUGAACAAGUGACCAGUAAUCUUAAAGAACUUGCGCAGCAAGUAACUCCAGGUGAUAUUGUAAGCACGUAUGGAGUUCGAAAAGCAAUGGGGAUUUCCAUUCCUUCCGCCGUCAUGGAAAACAACUUUGUGGAUUUGACAGAAGAUAUUGAAGAACCUAAAAAGACGGAUGUUGCUGAGUGUGGACCUGGUGGAAGUUGAGGCUGCCUGGUAUUUGAUUAUAUAUUAUUAAGAAAAGUAAGAUACAGUUGAAGGACGGCAGGGGAGAAUGCAAAGAUUCGUGAGUGAUCAAGGAAGAGCUGAAAGGCCGCACCUUUCUAGGCACCUCUCUCCAGAAUGCUUGCCUCACGAGCUGCCUCAUUCAAAGGCAAGGCUCCGCUGCUCCCUGCCUUCUUGCUGUGACCACAUUCCUCAGGACUCAACCCCCACAGCCAGCUGACCCCAUAAGCUGACACUGGACAGUAGUCCUCCCUACGUGUCAGUGGUUAAAAAGGCAGAGCAUACACUGGGAGGAAGAGAUUUUUGUCUACUAGCUAAGAAGUCAUUCAAAAGGAUAAAACCCCCAUUAAUGUAUUCAUUUGAAACAAACAUACCAGACAAGGCAAAAAGUAACAGUGCUAAUUAGGUGUGUUUC